AUGUUUAUCUUUACAAGGAAAAAAGGACUUUUUCUGUUUUUUGAUGAUCUUCGCCCAUAUGCUAUCCAGUUCGUUCCUUGCAUUGCUAUACCAAUUAUGGCGAUUUUGCUACCUCCAAUGUACACGCACUCAACAUACUGGCUUUGGGCAGCAGCAUUUUAUCUUAUAGCCAAAAUUGAAGAAGCUGCAGAUACACCAAUCUACAAAUGGACUCACCACGUUGUCAGUGGACACACGCUUAAGCAUCUCUGUGCUGCUGUGGUCCCUGUUUUCUUGACUCUCAUGCUUGCAAAGAGAACUAUUGACCUAGAGAGGUACUUUCUAUACAAUGCCAUUUUUGUUUUAUACAUAUUUGAAUUUGUCCAAUUCUUCCUCGCUCUCUCUUUCUCCCUUCCUCUCUUGCUCUAUCUCUCAAAUUUGGUUGCAAUUCCACGAAUGCAGGCAAAGUUUGCUGGUGACAUGGAAGGUUUCCUGGAACCAGUAUCGAGAGAAGAACAAGAAGGGAGAGAAUUGUGA